CUAUGAGUCGCCAAAAGACCAUUGUAUGAUAGUUAUUUCAUUUGAAAAGCUGUUCAAGUCGAUUGUUGCCUUGGAAAUUCUAUCAGUUGAAAAAUAUAAAAAUGAAACUUUAUUGUUUUUUGAUAUCAUUUGUCUUUGCAAAUAUCUCGGCAUUUUAUGAUCUCACGUGUUAUAAAAGGAAGGUUUUAGUUACAAACAAAACCAUCGAGCUUGCUUAUAAUAUGAAUAAUACUAUAGGAGAUGUUGAAACAAAUGGAUUGGAGCAAGUAAUUCAAACGAUCGUUGACAAUGAAGAUAAAUAUUGUUUAGGCAAAAUGAAUUUAAUGAUCGCUGUGCCGGAGCACAUACAUAUUGCGAGCACUAUACCGGGAUUAAAACCCCUCAAUAUUAAAGAAAAAUCCACAUAUUACCAAUGUAGGAUGUCACUAGAAAUAGAACACGUGUUAAAUAUUCCAGUUCCUCAAAUUAUUGAAAACCAAAAUUUUGGAGACUUAGAUUUGACAGAACUUGCGGAAGAGAGAAGACGUCUUACUGGAACAGCAUUAAAAAAUAUAAUCAGGCGUGCUCUAGAUUUUGAAUAUUUAAUCAAUCUUAUUGAAGAGAGAAGGGUUAAUCCUACAGGAACUGUAAGGAAUCGAAUCACUAGUGCAUCAGAUAGCUAUGCACAUGGUGUUUGUUACCAGUGCACUGUAUUACGGAUGUGUCGUUUGAUAGCAUUGUUCAUGAGUACAAAAUUCCCAACAUCAUACAUACAAAAUCUUGAGACUGGCUCAAAUAGAACUUGUACCAUAUGGGAUGGAAAUACACACAAAACAUACAGAAAAGUUGAUGGCAAAUGGUGGCAAGUGAGCGUCAAUGACAUAAACAAUAAAGAACAAUUACUUAAGGAACAGUUAGAAUAGUUUAGACCAAAAAUCAAUGGUUUAAUUCUUCUAAUAUUGUAUAAUUUUAUUAAUAUUUCAUUUAAAUUACAUAAUAAAUGGCUUUACUUAGCAUUAUUAUAACAUUUAUUGAUUCAAACAGAUAAUUUAUGCUUUUUACUAUAUUUUACCGACAGAUUCGUUUGGAAGCAUUUUUAAAAAUUAAAAACUGAUUAUCUUCGGCGUUUAUCCCCUUCUGACGCCAUUUUUUUUUCAUU